AGAUGUGGUCUUCAUCUUAUCCUUUGCGAAAUGCGGUCUUCAUCUAGGAUGUGACUUCUAAGCUGCGGUCUUCAUCUUAUCCUUUGAGAGAUGUGGUCUUCAUCUCUCCUUCUUCCUCAAAUGCGGUCUUCAUCUAGGAUGUGACUUUUAAGAUGCAGUCUUCAUCUUAUCCUUUGCGAGAUGUGGUCUUCAUCUCUCCUUCUUCCUUAGAUGCGGUUCUUCAUCUAGGAUGUUACUUCUAAGAUGCGGUCUUCAUCUUAUCCUUUGCGAGAUGUGGUCUUCAUCUCUCCUUCUUCCUCAGAUGCGGAUGUGACUUCUAAGAUGCGGUCUUCAUCUUAUCCUUUGCGAGAUGUGGUCUUCAUCUCUCUUUCCUUAGAUGCGGUCUUCAUCUAGGAUGCGACUCUUAAGAUGCGGUCUUCAUCUUAUCCUUUGCGAGAUGCGGUCUUCAUCUAGGAUGUGACUUAUAAGAUGUGGUCUUCAUCUUAUCCUUUGCAAGACAUGGUCUUCAUCUCUCUUUCUUCCUCAGAUGCGGUCUUCAUCUAGGAUGUGACUUCUAAGAUGCGGUCUUCAUCUUAUCCUUUGCGAGAUGCGGUCUUUAUCCUUUGUCAGAUGUGGUCUUCAUCUUUCCUUCCUUAGAUGCAGUCUUCAUCUAGGAUGUGACUUCUAAGAUGCGGUCUUCAUCUUAUCCUUUGCGAGAUGCGAUCUUCAUCUCUCCUUCUUCCUCAGAUGCGGUCUUCAUCUAGGAUGUGACUUCUAAGAUGCGGUCUUCAUCUCUCCUUCUUCCUCAAAUGCGGUCUUCAUCUUAUCCUUUGUGAGAUGCGGUCUUCAUCUCUCCUUCUUCCUUAGAUGUGGUCUUCAUUUAGGAUGUGACUUCUAAGAUGCGGUCUUCAUCUUAUCUUUUGCAAGAUGCGGUCUUCAUCUCUCCUUCUUCCUCAGAUGCGGUCUUCAUCUUAUCCUUUGUGAGAUGCGGUCUUCAUCUCUCCUUCUUCCUUAGAUGUGGUCUUCAUCUAGGAUGUGACUUCUAAGAUACGGUCUUCUUCUUCUUCUUCUUCUUCCUCUUUUUGAGAUUAAACUUCAUUUCGUCUU